UCAGGCAAGUCCAAGAAAGGUGGAGACUUUCGGGAUAACUUCCUGCACAUUAAUCUUGAAAUAAUUUGCUGAACAAUUACUUAGUUUUGGUAGGUCGCUAUUGAGGCAAAAGCGAAUGGCUUAACGACGCCCAUAACUUGUUUAUAAUAGGCAACAUUUGUGAAUUUGCAAAAAAAAACACCUUGGCUUAGUAAAUGUACAUAUAGUUAGCAUUCAAGCUAACGCAAUCGGAUAGCAGAUUCCAAACACUGAUAGCGAGACGCUCCUGCCUAACCUGAAGGACAGUAUGGUAGAGGUUGUGGUGGAGUAUGAGUAUGAGGCCCUCCACGAAGAUGAGCUGAACCUGAGACUUGGAGACGUGAUCAGGAAUGUCCGCAGGAUCGAGGAGGAGGGAUGGAUGGAGGGAGACCUCAAUGGGAAGAGAGGCCUGUUCCCUGACAACUUUGUGAAGGAGGUGAAGAAGGAGACCAAGGAGUUAAAUCUGACAAAGGAGGAGACCAAGGAGGAGUCGCUGCCCCAGCGGAGGGAGAAGAAUGCGGGGAACGUAGCCAACCUGGUCCAGCGGAUGAGUACCUAUGGCUUCCCAGCUGGGGGCUUCCAGCCACACUCACAGCCCCGUGGACUGAAAAAGAACAAGUCAGAGCCUAAGAAGCGGCAGUGCAAGGCACUAUUUGAUUACGUGCCCCAGAACGAAGAUGAGUUGGAGCUGAAGAUAGGAGAUAUAAUUGACAUCAAUGAGGAGGUAGAAGAGGGCUGGUGGAGUGGAACCAUGAACGGCAAAUCAGGGCUGUUCCCCUCCAACUUCGUCAAAGAGAUUGAGAAAAAUGAAGAUGUAGAGAGCAACAACGUUCCAGAUGAAACCGAUGGCAACAGCAAAGAAGCCCUGCUUCCUCCCAUCCCCACCUCCCCCAUUCAACCCUCUCCUGGCAACGGAGUGAUCAGCCAGCCCAAGAAGGUCCGGGGCGUGGGCUUUGGGGACAUCUUCAGGGAAGGCUCGGUCAAGCUUAAGGUCCGCCUGCCAAGCACAGAGGGAGAGGAGAAGAAAGACAAACCAAUCCCAUCAUUACCAUCUGUUGCAAAGGCUGCCCAUUCCACGACAGACUCACAGAAAGCAGAGGGGGACAGCAAAACCAAAGUUAAAGAAUACUGUAAGGCCACUUUUGCUUUUGAAGCUACAAACGAAGACGAGCUAACGCUGAAGGAAGGCGAUGUAAUACGGAUAUUGAGUAAGGACACAGGGGAACCGGGAUGGUGGAGGGGGGAGAUUGGAGGUAAAGAAGGGGUCUUUCCUGACAACUUUGUGGCUGUGAUGUCAGAAGCAGACAGAGAGCAGGCUCCCUCAUCAAGAGGUUCGGUCAAACUGUCUUCCAAACAAGAUGCAGAAGAGCAGGCUUCAACAUCAAGAGGUUCAGUCAAACUGUCUUCCAAACAGGAAGCAGAGGAGAAACCCAAGAAACCACCGCCACCGUCCAAAAAUAUUGCUCGCAAACCUGAGCUCUCCAUCGCCGACAAAAAGCCCCAGCAGCCCAGUCCUGAGGACAGAGGUGACAAAACGGAUCACAAAACAUCAAAGCCUGCUGCCCCUCUUGUCCCCCCCAAGAAACCUGUGCCGCCGCCUGGCAAAGGCAGACCUGUUAGCCUCCCCCCAAAACGACCAGACAAGCCUCUUGCACCAUCCCCAGGGGCCAAACACAAUGGAGAAGUGCCUUCCACGCGACCAAAGUCCGAUAUUGAGCCAAUAUUACAGAGUAAACUGAAAACAAUGUUGGACGACUUGGGGGACAAAGCUGUUGACAUGGACCUGAUGAGCUUUGAUGAUCUGUCAUCUACCUCAGAGAAACUGUCUCACCCUACCGCUAACAGACCAAAGAUGCCUGGCAGGAGGCUACCCGCUCAGUUUGGAGGAAGCCACUUGCCAAACAAAGAUAUCAGCAUGGAAAAUACUUUCAAGUUGGAUGAGGAAGAUACCCCAAAAACAAAGUUGACAGACACAAGAAAGCCUUCCUUGGUCAGCGUCCAUAGCCAGUCUCCUGUCCUCAAGCCCAGCCCAUCCCUGUCAGAGGGGCUCAAAGCCAGCUCAGCGUCAGGCCCUAGCCGGAGAAGUCCCAGCCCAUGCUCUGACCCAGGGCAAAGCCGAAGCCGCAGCCCAGGCUCCAACACAGUGCCCAAGCCCACGGCAGAGCCAGAGGAGCAGAGGUCUGAGCUGGAGGAGCUCAGAGCCCAAAUGAAAGAUCUGCUGCUGUCUGUGGAGCUCCUAAAAACCCAGCAAAUGAGAGAGAUUGCCGAGCUGAGAGGUGAGCUGGAUGAGGAGAGGCUGAAGCGAGUUGCCCUGCAGAUGGAGAUAGAGAAACUAAAAAGGACUGUUCAGUCAACGUGAAGUCUAAUCCAGUCAUCCUGGAUCACCACAAUCACCGCCUGUCUCUGACCCCACUGAACAGCCAAGGGCGGGGGGUCAUUGGCAUUCCCAGAACCCUUUUAGUUAUCAUGAAACUAUUCCACAUUUGUAAGAUUUACAUUUUGCACAUAUUCCCUUUAUAUGACUAGGUUUUCUAGUUAUUGAAAGGUGUAAUUAAAUACAGAUGUAUAUGUUUUUUGUUACGUAUCUUUUUGUUUUGCCAACACAAACGAUCGAGGCCUUAUUUACUACUGUGCUGGACGAGCAGUCCUUUCAUUCUUUAUUGGAAUGUCUAAGGGAUGCUGUCAAUACUACUGAUUCUGUAUAAAGUGAUGGGGGAUUCCUUUUUUCUUUUUUUUUACGACUUGCAGGUGGUUGAUUUUAAAGAUUCAGAUUUCAGUUACGUAUCCAUAUUAGCCUCUUUAGCUCAUAACAAAUAAUAUUGUAAUAUGUCCCUGUUGCCAUGGCAGUGUUGUACUCAUAGUUAUGGCAUAAGGGAAAGAUUCUUUGUUUUAUUCUAACAUUCCUGUCCAGGGUAACACUAUUGUGCCUGUAAAAAAAAUAUAUAUCUUAAAGUGUUAAUAUUGGGAGCUUACAUUUAUCAGGUUUAGACCUGGAGCAUGAUUAUAUAUUUUUUAGUCUACUGACAAUGUGCUUAGACAUGAUAUAGAGCCCUUUUUCAUUCCGUUUUUCUUUUUAAAGGACAAGCUAUAUGAAACUGCUCUCUCAGAAAGAGUGAUUAGAGUCAUGGUACAGUUGUAUUAUUUCGAUCCUGUAUUUAAUACCAUCAAAUUCAGCCAUCAACUCAGCAAACAGAGGAUGUCCUCAGAACGUCCAGGAAACCGUGACACUGACUCCUGAUGUUACAAGGACAUCCUGACAACACAGUUUUGUUAGUAGGGAAUAGCCAUACUUGAAAAGAGCACCAGUGAUUUAUGAGAUAAACCGAAAUUCUAUUUCAGACCACCAUUAAAGUUUUGGUUUACUCA